AUGACCGAAGAAGAAGAAGCUGUCUUCUGGGACGAACAUGAAGAACUAGCGGAGGAGCAUACUCGGAACACUCGCGGCAAACACCGACAAAAUCGGAAACCUGCUAGCAAGAAAUCCCAGAUCCACGAUCAUCUCAUGAAAACGUCUGCAGAAAUCAGAGCGGUGAAAUCUCAGAUUCACCACGCUACUAGCACCGCGCUCGAUAUCGAUCUGCUGCUCGAGGAAUCUCGAAAAUUGCCUUUUACCACCCGUAUCACCGGAACUAGGGUUUUGGACCCUGGAAAGAUCAAGCCUUACGAUGGAACAACCGACCCAAAGGCACACCUGCAAGCUUUCCAGAUCGCAAUGGGGAGAGCCGGCGAAUGCCGCCUCUUCAUCGAAAACCUCCAAGAAGCAGCGCUCGAAUGGUUCUCCCGCCUGAAGCGGAAUUCCAUUGGAAGCUUUCGUAAACUCGCCUCGGAGUUUCUCAAGCAUUACUCUAUGUACAUAGACCGAGAAACCUCUGAUGUCAAUCUUUGGAGCAUGUCCCAAGGAGAGGACGAGCCUCUCUGUGACUUCAAAAAACGAUUUAAGAUUGUCAUGGCUAGAGUCAGCAGAAUAAGCCACAAAGUGGCAGUAGACGCACUCAGUAAAACGCUCUGGUACAAGUCAAACUUUAAGAAGUGGAUAACCUUGGAUAAGCCGCGUAUGAUUCAAGACGAUCUCCAUAAGGCCACAGACUACAUAACCAUCGAAGAAGAGACAAAAAUCUUAUCGCAAAAACAGAAGCUCAUGAAAGCUUCAUUGAAGGAUCCCGGGUCGGAUCAGAAACACAUGGACUCGUGUGCCGCAAAGCUGCUCGCAGGAGAACUCGCCGAAGUAUCUAGCGUAAAAGAUCUCGUCGGCGACUCAGACCGUCCUCCGAGAAACGAUAAAACUCCUCAAACCGAGAACUCUCUCCGAGAGAACCAAUCAGGAGAAAAGCGCGGAAGAAGGCAUGACGAGAAGGGCAAUGACAAUAGUCGCCGCAUAGUCAAUAUGAUCAUUGGAGGAUCGCAGUACUGCAGCAAUACCAUCUCCGCCAUCAAAACUUAUGAGCGCAGGGCUGAGGCAAGCGAAAAUUCGCUAACCUGGUCCGCGCCUAGAGACUUCCCAAAAGGAGUGAUCACUUUCGAUGAAGAAGAGGCCGGUGGGAUCGAUCAGCCCCACCGCGACCCGCUUGUGAUCGAUCUCGUGAUAAAAGAUCUCGAGGUCACAAGAGUUCUCAUCAACACUGGCAGCACGGUCAACAUCAUCUUCCGCGACACUCUUAAAAGAAUAAACGUCGAGCUAGGAGAAGUCGUACCAUCCCCCAAACCGCUAACCGGUUUCGAGGGCACGAUAUCUAUGACUCGGAUCGAUCAAACUACCCGUUGCGGUGAAAGAAGUCACGAAGAUCAUCGAUUUCGCAGUCGUUGA